GUCGGGAUUUGACACGAACUCACAGUACCUCCGGCACCUGUUUUGACGUCCUGUGCACGAAUUUUAAGGGCAAUUUUUGACCAUGAACCCGUUCAAGUUUGCGUCAAAAAUCGGCCCGCUUGUUCGCGUAAACAGAAGCACACAUGUGCCUCAUCACGCCGAAGCAGUGUCGAAUUAUUUAGGCUACCCGUCAUCUCGAUCGCAGCUUCGGACAUCAUCAAACAUGAGUGUUCCUUUCAAACAGGCGCCGCACAAACUCCUUCUCAUUCCCGGACCUAUUGAGCUGUCCGAUGAGGUCCUUUACGCAAAUGCACACCCUUCUAUGUCGCAUAUUAGUCCAGACUUCAUCCCUGUCUUUGGAAACUGUAUCAGAAUGCUGAGGGACGUUCUUCUUACCACAUCGGGUCAGCCAUUUCUAAUAUCAGGGAGUGGUACUCUUGGGUGGGAUCAAGUCGCUAGCAACCUCGUGGAGCCUGGAGAGAAUGCACUUGUUGUUCACUCCGGAUACUUUGGGGAUUCUUUUGCUGAGUGCUUGGAAACCUAUGGAGCGAAAGUGACGCAACUGAAGGCGCCGAUUGGAGCGUCCCCUAGUGCGUCUCAUAUUGAGGGCGCACUGAAGGAGAAGAAAUAUAAAGUGUUGACUAUCACUCAUGUUGACACGAGUACUGGUGUUCUUUCCCCAGUCAAGAGCAUUGCUGAAAUAGUGCAACGUGUCUCUCCUGAAAUCCUCGUGAUAGUUGAUGCAGUCUGUGCCGCUGCUAGCGAAGAGAUCCGAUUCGAUGACUGGGGUAUUGAUGUUGUGAUCACCGCCACUCAAAAGGGCCUCAGCACACCACCCGGUUUAAGCGUGCUGGUAGCCAGUCAACGUGCCCUCCAGGUGUUCGAAAAUAGGAAGUCCCCGAUCACCUCCUACUACGCGAGCUGGAAGAACUGGCUUCCCAUUAUGAAGGCAUACGAAUCGGGCAGCCCUGCGUAUUUUGCAACGCCUCCGGUGAACCUCAUUUAUGCAUUCCACGAAUCCCUCAAGUCUAUCACACAAGGGGGAAUCUCCCUCGAAGAACGUUUUAGGCUCCACCGUGAAGCUAGCACCCGGAUUAAGAAGGCUGCCGAGGAUCUCGGGUUGAAGCAGCUUCCCCUGGAGCCUCAGUAUGCAGCCAAUGGGAUGACGGCGGUGCGCCUAUACUUCCCGGAUGGCCUAACAGCAGGCGACAUCAUUCCUCGACUCUCCAAAAAGGGCAUUGUUGUGGCAGGAGGUUUACACAAGGAUAUUAGAGAUAAGUACUUCCGCAUAGGACAUAUGGGCCUGACUGCAGUCGACACGUCUCGAGGUGAUCUUGACAAGAUAAUCAACGGCAUUGCCGAGUCCCUGCAGGAAGCGAAAGCUGAGAAGGCAUUGAACUAGACACCUAGAGUUCAUGCUUCUUUUUUUCCAAUUGGUUCGUUCACUGGCAGUCAUUGGCAUAGAAUGAUUCCAAAUCCAACUGGCGAUAAAUUCUCCAGAAAUCACGCAUCAUCGAGAAGCCGGUACACUCCUUCCCCUCCCAUACGGUCAUACCAUUCCUUUCCUGAAGUAGUGGGUGCAAUGUAACCAGCGCGAAUUACAAAGUCACCGAAGCGCUCCCCUUCCAAUC